AUGUCUGGAGCAAAACCAAAACAGAACAAUGAAAAACUGAUGAAAAUGCCCCUGGUGGCCAAAAGUGCAUCAACUUCUGAAAGAGUUGACUCAGCAAACUCAAAUAGUGGUGCCGAAAAUCAGCAAGAUGUGAUAAAAUCGACCCCAUCAAAACCACUAAAUAGGGUUCCUCAUAGUGCCCAAGAACCUCAUAAAGUAAAUUUUUGUGUUAAAAAGUCACAACCCUUGUUGUUACUCAAAGACAAAAACACGCCAUUCAGUCCCCCGCCAAACAAUUUCAACAGUCCACGAUUCAAAUCAACUCCGGCCUCUGCUUGGGUUAAGCAAAAAAAUUUUCAGACUCCAAAAUCUGAUUCCAGGAAUGUUACUAAUAAUAAUAAUAACUUGCAACAACAGCAGCAAUCUUACUACAACCCAUUUGAGACCGGCCUCUUAGACUCACUGAGCCAGCACAUAUGCAGUCCUAAUGUGUUUAAGGUCAUAACCCCUGAUAGAAAGCUGACCCCGAAAUUUAGGUGGUCAAUAGAUGAUCUUGCCCUUCUGAAACCUGCCCACAUCGAAGACCCCCCACUGCAUUCCGUCUACAAUCUGAAUGCAGAGUUAGAGGAGAGGGCACAACAAGCCAUAGAUGAGUUUUUCAGCACUCAUGUCAUUGCACCUUCACCCUGGUCUACAGCCAGCUCAAAGAAGAAGCAAGCGUCCAAAUACAAAAAAAGCACCAACUCAACUGCAACGAUAGAAAGCCCAAUGGUAUUUAGCCACAUCAGCAACAACUCUAACAACAACAACAGUAGCAACAAAAAUGUUUCAAAUCCACGGAGAAACAUCAUCACCAGCAUCAACAACAGCAGCAGCAACAACAGCAGCAGAUCAGCUAGGAGUCAGGCUGUCGUAGACGCCUGUACACAGACAAGCGUCAGUCUACCAGCGGAUGUUGAUCUAAUUAGUUUGAUUGGCAGCAAAUUUAUUCUGUCUGACGAGAAACUGAGCACUAUGAUUGGUCAGGUGCCGGCCAAUGGAAAGCAGCCGUCAAGGAAAGCAGCCAAUCAGAUUGCAGAGAAUGAAAAUGAAACCGAUUCUUUUGGGAAUUUGUCGCUAAGGAGGAAAUUAUUCUUCCAGAAUAAAAAAACACACGCUAGUCCGUUUAGGCCUCUACCCAACAUCAGCUGCAACAACAACAACAAUAAUAACAACAUUAAAAUGGACAUUAGCCAGUUGAAGGAUUUGGAAGACGAAUUUAAGACCCCCAACAAAAGACCAAGCGGCGAUGAUGAUAAUGAUCAUAGCAAUGAUGAUGACGAUGACGUAGUUGUUGGGAGUAAGGAUAAUUAUGACUUAUUUUCCUCGAGUCCGAAUGGUCACUGUCCCAUGAGUGAAGUUAGCCCCUCCUACAGAAGGUGCUCGGCCAGUUCGCAAUUCCUUCAUUAUUCGCCAGAGAUGUCACCCAUCAAUUACUCCCGUGGCCUAGUAUCUUCUAAACAUGGAUCCCCCAUAAACGCCAUGGAGGACGCGAACAUGGCCACUCCUACAGGUACGCCCUACAAUUUUACACCCCGCACCCCUAGGGCCGUGCCUAGCAAUACAGGUGCGUUGAAUGACGACGACGACGACAACAACGACGAUGUGUAUUGCGACGCUCGUAGCGACUCCUUCCCUCAACAAUCGUCGUCGUCGCUGUUGAUCACUUCCGCGUCAUCAUCUCUACUGAUGACGUCGCUGAUGACGUCAUCGAUGACGUCGAAGUUGGGCGAGUCCAAUCAGACGGCGGCCCAGGAGGGGGUGUCCAACAAUACCACUGGCUACCAUUCUAGAAGUCUGUCGUGUUCUAAUUUGGCCUCCUAUCUCGCCGCUUCUGGCAAUGGUAGUGGCAGUGGUAGUGGUGGUGGCAGUUGUCAGCAGCAGCAGCAACAGAACGUUUCUCAGCAACAGCAAAAUUUUGUCCAACAACAACAACACCAGCAACCGAUUUUUUUCCAAUCACAACAACAACAAAAUGUAUCUCUGCAACAGUAUUUCGUUCAGCCGCCACAACAAACUGUCCUGCAACAACAUCAGCAGCAGCAACAACACCUGCAACAACAACACCUGCAAUCACAGGAGCACCAGCAGCAAGAAUUAUUCAAAAAGCCCAUCAGUGCACAACCACAACGCUUAACCAAACAUCAGCACCAACAACAACAAAAUAUUGAGCAACAACAACAGCAGCAGCAGCACUUCAAACAACAACUCUUAGAAUCGUUUCAAAAGCAGAUCCACCAAAUGCACAUACCACAGCAAGCAUUCGGCGUCUUCAAUGCAAAUGGCAGCUUCAGGAAUUUCACCCAGUCACCACCUGGAUGUCAGCUGGGCCACAGCAGUAGCGGCAGUGGCGACGGCAGCAGCAGCAAUAGCAGAACACCCUCACACCAACAACAGCAGCACCUACAACUACAAAAACCGCAACAACAACAACGACGAUCUCAAAACUUCAACUCUAAACAUUACAAAAGCUACAACUUGAUGAAUGUCAUUGACUACGAGACCAGGAUGUCGCUGGGCCUGACUCCUAUACAAGCGGACAGAAGCGAGGAUGAAGAAGAAGAUGAUGAUGAUGAUGGGGACGGCUUACCGCAUGAUGAUUUCAACAAAGGCCGAAGCAUACGCCAUCAUCAACAUCUUCUUCGACCCAACAGAGGAGGACAACAUCUGCAACUGCAUUGCGCUGGGAAAGGCUACGACAAAACAGGCAGUGCUAACGAAAGGAGUGAUAACGAUGAAGAUGAUGAAUGUGGUGGUGGUGGUGAUACAGAUAAGGAAGUUAUUCCUAAAGAAGAAGACAACAACAACAAUAAUAAUAAUAACACUAACAACAUUAAUUAUAAUGAUGAUAGCAGUAAUAUGAGCGUCAGUGACCUGUACAACCAACAGUACCCUAGGGUGAGUAGAUCAUUUUCAGAUGUUAUGUCCGUCGAUAACGAUGAUGAGUACGAUGUCUAAGGAGAGAGAGGGAGAGAGAGAGAAGAUGGAAAGAUAAACAGAGUGAGAGAGAGAGAGAGAGAGAGAGAGAGGGAAAAAAGAAACACAAUAAUGUCGAACAGUAUGCUUGGUAAAUGUAGUAAGAAAAAUAAACGGUGUUCAGCGUACAAUAUUUACACUAUUUAAGGAGUCGAUAGAAAGAGAAGAAAGAAAGAAAUUUUACCUUAACACUAGAGAGAGAGAGAGAAAGCGUUAGCGUUCAGACUCGCAUAUACAGCUAAGAAAUAUCACCGCUUUUUUGAGUUUGUAACUUUUUCAACUUUUCGAAUAAUAAAAUUUUUUUAAUUAUACACACUUAUAUGUAUGUAUAAUUUAUAAUAUAUAUAUUGAAAGACAGAUUUAUAUGCCUAUCUUACAUUUAUACUUACCUGCUAUCCAGGCCUUAUUGCGUUUCAAUGCAUACUAUUGGCGGAUUGUUCGAUUAAUGACAGUAAUAAGGGUGGCAUAAGAAUUUCAGCAUGGCAAAUUUUAUACUGUAUACAUUGCAUUUUAUAUACAUUCUACACAUAUAUAUAUAUAUCACCUAUCAUAUAUAUGUGCCUUGCCUUUACGCUACUUAUGCCUUUCUGCCAAAAGACAUGCAGUCGGUCUUGGCAUAUUCAACUUUAUAUCUUAUAUAUAAACUAUAUAUAUAUUAGUUGCUCUAUACAAUACGAAAUGUAUGUAAACUUUGUAUAUGGGUACAGACUCAAUGAAAUAUACCACCAUCUGAUUAAUUG